AUGGAAUCUCUCCCAUUUCGUCAACAUCAAUAUUUUCCUUCUAUUCCAUUCACUUCCUCUGAUCAUUCAAUUCUAUUCAAACUCACCGCAAUGUCUUCCAACAAAUCAUCUUCAGUGCUAUCAAACCCUAAUCCAAGAAGUUCAGAAAUCAGUAACCCUAUGAGAAGGAGUUUCACUGGAAACCCAUUUGCCAAACCCUCCGUCAUAGCAAACCCUAGAACAAAUUUCCCCAACACUCCCGCCAAUAGCCCUUCAGAUUUUCCGAGAAGAAGCUCUGUUGGAGUUAGAGAAAAUGCAGGGUCGUUGCGGGACUUCAUGGAUGACAAAGAAAAUGGUAAAGAUCAGAUAUUGAAACCAGCGAAGGUUCGAUCACCAGCUACUUCUUCAAAGGGCACAAAGAAUUUCAUGUCUCCGACAAUCUCUGCUUCCUGCAAGAUCAACGACUCUCCGAGAAAGAAAGUCCUCAUCGAGAGGAACGAGGUUGUUCCAAAUUCCGCAGACCCCAAAAGCAACGUUCGCAAGGUAACUUUUGCUGAGCCCUUGGAACAGAACAAGUUUGAUGCUUUGUUUGAUGGGAUAACCCCCAAUUUUGAGGAUGCUCCCAGAUCUUCUUCCUUGACUUCUGAAGAUUUGAGUGGUGAAAGUGAAACUACCGUCGAUGAUAUCAAUGUUUCUUUGAUUCGAAACAAUGACCCAGAUUUUUCGUUUGAAACUGAUGUAAAUAUGAAUGUUCCUUUGGUUCUAGAGAAUGACAUUCACACUGAAACUGUUGCUGUGGAACCUGAUUGUGUUAACCUUGACCCAACUUUUAAGCUUAGCCCCACAGCUACUCCUCCAGUUUCAUAUAAAGCUACCAUCUUAGCUCCUCUUGACGCAGAUCCCUUGAUGCCCCCUUAUGAUCCUAAAACCAACUACCUCUCUCCUAGACCACAGUUUCUUCACUAUAAACCAAAACCAAGAGUGGAACUAUGCAGUGAAAGAGAAAUAGAGGACAGCAUCAUAUCUGGAAGCUUUUCAGAUACAGAAGUCACAGAGGAUGCCCAGUCUGAAGUCUCGCAGAAGGAAUCAGAGGAUGUUUCUUCUGUUGAAAUCAUCAAAGAAGAAGAGGGGCAGAUUUCUGAACCAAGUCCUGCUAUGAUGCCAGAGGAAAUUGUUGAAGCAAAAGAGGCGCCUAAACCUCGCUUCACUGUGAGAGCAAAAGCUAUUGCUCUGAUGUUGCUUCUUGCAGCUGUUUUUGUGUCAAUCUCAGUCACAGAUUCUCCUGUGAUUGAUCAAACUGUGUUUGAAGACCUCUACAGGGUUUAUGAAUCGUCUGAAUUUUCAGAGUUAGCAAGGGCUAACUUUGAUCGAUUCUCCCAGUUUGCAAAAACAAAUUUUGAUGGCUUAGCUCGAAACUUACACUUUUGGUUUACUAAGUCGCUGUCUUCGAUGUCUGAGUUCAUUUCAGAAGUUAGAGGAACACACAACUUAGCUAAGUUACAAUACUAUAACUUGACUGUUCUUCAUGAAUACACCAUGGUCGAUCAAUACCCUAUAUUUGGUGGCGGAGAAAGCAAAAUAGGCAACACUCGCAAACAAGUAUGGAAUGCUCAUGAAAGUGAUGUUGCCUCAGAGACCAAUAAUGAUGAGUAUGCUGAAGAUAUUUCAGCAGAGCAUGGUCAAGUAAAUGAAGAACAGGUUCAGCAAGAUAUUGGGGCAGUUACUGGAGUUGAAAAUGCUUCUGAUACUCCACAAUCUGAGGAAGUACUCGAUGCUGCCUCAGAGACUGAUAAUGAUGAGUAUACUGAAGAUAUUUCAGCAAAGCAUCAUGAAGUAUAUGAACAACAGGUUCAGCAAGAUAUUGGAGCAGUUACUGGAGUUGAAAAUGCUUUGAAUGCUCCACAAUCUGAGGAAGAGCAAGCCCAAGGAGGUGGUGAUGCUAACUUAAAUGUUGAAAAUCAGCCGAGUUUGAAUUCAGAGGCUGCUGAAUUUGGUAUUGAAGCGUAUGGAACAGGUGAUGUUGAUUCAAAGCAGGCACUAGAAAACGAUGCUACUGACUUUGAUACUGCCAUGAAUCAUCAUAAAGAAGAGGGAAAACCGGGAAAACCAUUAAGCAUUGAUGCUAUCAGAGGGAGAUUAGAAGAAAUUGACAUUCCUCCCCGCAUGGUGCUAUAUUUUAUGCUAUGUGCAGGUACUGUUUUAAUUGCAGGUGCAGCUUUCAAGUGGUCAAGGAUAGCUGAAAGCAGAAACAAUGUAAUUGUUAGUAGCUCUGUGGAGCAACCUCUAUUGAACAAGGAGUUGCAUGAUAAUAACAAGCAGCAGGUUUCUUCAGAUAAGGUACCUCUCAGGUAUGGAACAGCAGAAAUGGACGUGCUGGAAGAGCCAUGCCCUUCAGAAAUGAGCAGCUUUCAGCAGAGCUCAUCCUACAGCAAAAAAAUGCUGAAACAUUUCAAUGAAACAGCUCACAGCGCUCACAGCGUGGAGAAGAAGCGCAAGAAUAGCUACAGGAGAGAAUCUUUGGCCUCUUCAUCAGACUAUUCCAUGGGUUCACCAUCCUAUGGAAGCUUAACUGUGUAUGAGAAAAUUCCAAGCAAGCAGGGACAUGGGGAUGAGGAUACCAUCAUCACUCCCGUUAGGCGUUCAAGUAGAAUUAGAAACCUUGCAACUUCUCCCUCAUAA